AUGGUUCUUCUGAACGCAGGCUUCUUCUUGCUGGAGAACAGGCUAGGUGCCUCCGAAGUGGAAGGUGCUGAUGUCGCGAACCUCAGCAAAGCGACGGCCGCGCCGGAGCGAGAUUAUUUCCACAUUUCGGCAGAGGAGGCAGCUGAGAUGGAGCAUUUGCAAGGUGUAAAUACACCCGUUCCGUCCACCGGAAGCCAUGCAGAAGAACAUCCACCAGACUCGCGAGGCAGAAUGGUCGCCGUCAUGGUUGUAGGCCAAUCGAGGUUGCUGCUGCGUGUCAUUGCAAAAGCUCGCAUGACCAGAGAGCUGACGAAACGGGCCCUGGACGUGCUGAAGCUACGUGGCAUUUCCACAGUGUUCCGCUCGCAUGUGCUCCAUAUUCUGCAGCCUCUGCAGCAAGACGGCUUUUCGCCAGAGUACUUGCUCUGCGUGGACCGAAUUCAGAGUGCUCUGCCGCCUGAAGUGGCACAAGCUUGGGAAUUCACAUCAGCCAACCAGCUCCGCAGGAUAAAAACCUGCCUCAAGAAAGUGCUGGAAAGAGAGUCUGCAUUGAACCGCACGUACAGCUUCUUUGUUCGUUUGAGACCAGACUUCCUAGCACUUACAGACAUUCCAAGCUUGCGCUCUUCAGAUUUGACCAAGGGCUGUGUACUGUCGAGGCUGCGGGCGGCUAUUAACAUUGCUGGGCUCACUAAUGAGCACCUAUCCUAUUGCUACUGUGGUACAACGUGUUGCUCCAAGAGUACACUCAAAGGGAAGAGGGCCGGCUUCAUCGUGGACGACAUGCUGGCUGUGGCAGCCAGGGACGUCUUCCUGCGACUCUGGCAGCCUGUGCCGAGAAGAUCACUUCCAAAGUGGUGGCCUGUUAUGUCACCAAUGGCAGAGACGGGCUUUACUGUCUCUAUGCUCGAGAAAGGCGUGCCUGUGUGUCCUCUGGCCUUUCGUGGACUGCCGCUUGGGAGCUCCAACCACGGGCAUGCCACUGAAGCUGCAAAAUGUGGUUAUGUUGAGGGUGAUGCCGCCGUGGCACAGACAUCCUGCGGCCCAGCGCAGACGACGGAAGAUCAAGUGCACCUGCUGAUCCCAGCUGGUAAUUGGGAGCACUGCGCAGCGCCAGAUGACCACCCCGAGCGCUGCAGCUGCGGCUUCGAGAAUCAAUCGCCUGCUGAGAAAGCCAUGCGCCAAGCCAGCAUUCGAAGUGAACAGAUGCAGUGA